AUGCCGGGUUUUUCUAAGUAUUUGAAAGACUUGCUUACCAAGAACAAAAGCACCACGAAUGAUAUGGUGAGUGUGACUCACCGGGUUAGUUCCAUUAUUGCCACAACCAUCAUACAAAAGAAUAAAGAUCCGGGAGCUUUUACCAUUCCAUGCACUAUUGGGGUACAAGAUUUUGCAAGAGAUCUUUGUGAUAAUGGGGCUAGCAUAAAUUUAAUGCCUCUUGCUAUUUACAAGCAAACGGUGUCAGGUAUGCCGAGGACUACAAGUAUGAGGUUGCAAAUGGCUGAUCGUUCAAUAAAGAGACCGAUAGGGAUGGUUGAUGAUGUUCUUGUGAAAGUGGGAAAGUUCCUGCUCCCCGCCGACUUUGUGAUCCUCUAUCGUGUUGUUGUCAAAGAAAUCCCUAUCAUCUUGGGAAGACGAUUUCUUGCUACCAGAAGAGUACUUAUGGAUUUGCAACGAAAUGAAAUCAAGUUCCGAGUUCAUGACAAAGAGGUUACCUUUGAAGCGAGUAAGGGUAUGAAGUUGCUACAUGCAUAUGAAAACAUCUCAGUAAUUGACGUUGUUGAUAUGGUAGAAGAUGCAAUCGAGAUGAAGAUUGAAUAA